UAGUCUCGGGUGCAUUCUGGCGGGCUCAGUGCUCGUGGUAUCAGAUGGCACGAACAUUUCUGCAAGAAGCACCUUGUAAAGGGCUGAAGUGAAACCAUCAUGCACGAUGACAGUUGUUGCUACAGAUUGUUUUGAAAAUGAUGAACGAACAUUGGAUCAGCUGUUGUAGAUGAUAUGAAAGCUAACCAGCAAACCAUGAAGUCCUGCCCAAGAAUUGCCAACGCAGCGUACAUCAAGAAAUAUUUGAUAAGGACAAGUGUUCACUCAAACUCCCGCACAAACACAUGCUUAAAUCACCAUAAUGAGAGUUAUGUGUGCAACACACACUUGCGUAAUUUGUAUUACCAGGUACAAAGUAUUAUCAAACAACAAACAUGGACUGAAUAUCCAAAGUAUCACUGUAGAAAUGAUGGUUUUUCCUGUACAUUUCAAGAGGCUGGAACUCAACCCAGAUGUGUUCGAAGCUUCCAUAGUAAUUCAAACAUGUGUUGUGAUGAUAUCACCAUCAGUCUUUGUCAAUCAGACAUAAGUCUGACAAGAGGUGUCUGUGACAUUGAUGGACAUUUAGAUUGUCAGUCUGAUUAUUUGCAGUUAAUGGGAUCCACAGCUGCCAGAGUUUCUUUAAAGGAACAGACUCUUUCCUUGUUCUUCCUGAAACACACUUGCCAUCCUACCUCCUUUACGUCACGGUUAAAACCACAUCUAUGUUCAGUGCCUUUGAGGAAUAUUUCCACACAUCAGGGCUUACGUCACUCUAGUCUUUCACGAAUAUUUUCACGCUAUAACAGAACAAGUUUAAGUGCAAUUACAAACCAAAGAAGUCGUGCAUGGCGUUGUGCAUCACCGACUGCCUGUCUACCUCAUUAUGUUCAAUGUCGACAUUUUACAAAGAACAUCAACUUUCUUGAAGAGGAUGUUGUGACUACGUCCGAGAUUCAGAAGUUCUUGGCGGAGAGUGACAUGAAGUUUGAACAAGGCUUCACAUGUUUCAUCACAGCCUGUCCUAAAUUAAAUAAGAAGAAAGGAUCUUGUGCAACAGAUAAAUUGUAUAUUAAUAUGACAACUGGUCACUUCCUGUGUGGGGCGUGUGGGAAGCUUGGUGGCUGGCAUGAAUUGAAGGACAACAUCUCGCUCACAGCAAGCCUCAAGAAAAAAAAGAUCUACGAGUGCUUCAAGGACGUGGACAGUGUGCAGCAUCUGAAGAAAGACUUGUCUCGUGUGAUGGAAACUUGGUCAGACACCCUGCCGGUGAAGGAUCUUACAGAAGAACAAGUGGAGCAACUCCGAAGUGACCUGGAUUGCCAGAGUAUCAACAAGUCGACUCUGGAGAAGUUUGGAGUGCAGUACAAUCCUGAGAACCGAUGCCUGGUGUUUCCCUACCACAAUCUGCAUGGGGAGGUGCUGGGCCUGAAGAAGAUUACUUGUAGACUUGCAGAAACAGAUGGCGCCAAGACGCUUCGAGAGACAUCGGUGCCAAGGACUGGCUCCCUCGGCUUGUUUGGCUGGAACACCAUUGGCGCUGAUACCAAAGAGGUUGUCAUGACAACCAGUGAGCUGAAUGCCAUGGCGGCUUAUCAGGAAACCAAGGUACCAGCGCUGUCACUGCCACGGGGGUAUGCAGUGUUAGCUCAAGAGGUGCUACCCUCUCUGGAGAGGUUCAAGAAGAUCCUGCUGUGGUUCGGAGACGACAUCCGGGCGUGGGCGGGGGCCAAGCAGUUCGCCAACAAACUCAACAACAAGAGAUGCUUCGUCAUCAGACCUACGGCAGAAGACCCCAGCCCGUUCCGAGCUUUAAACCAAGGGCUGCGUCUGAAGGCCAUCUUGUCGAAGGCGAAGCCGCUCAGCCACAAGUCCAUCGUGUCCUUCCCCCAACUCCGACAGGAAGUCUUCUCCGAGCUGGCCCACGUGGAACAGGUCUCGGGGGUCAAGUGGCGGCGCUACCCAGCCUUGAACCGUCUGUUGAAGGGGCACCGCCGGGGGGAACUGACUGUGUUUACCGGUCCCACAGGGUCGGGGAAGACGACCUUCAUGAGCGACUACUCCCUCGACCUCUGCAUGCAGGGGGUGAACACGAUGUGGGGUAGCUUUGAAAUCAACAAUGUUCGACUUGGCAAGAUGAUGCUCACCCAGUUUGCAAUGAAAAAUCUGUCCAAGAACCUUCACGAGUUUGACCACUGGGCAAAUUGGUUUGAGGAGCUUCCCAUGUUCUUCAUGACCUUCCACGGCCAGGAGAGCAUCAAGAGGGUCAUCGAGACAAUGUCCCAUGCCGUGUAUGUCCACGACAUUGCCCACAUCAUCGUCGACAACCUGCAGUUCAUGAUGGGCGUCAAUGGUGACAUGACGGAUCGCUUCACCAGACAGGAUAUGAUCAUUUCGGCCUUCAGACGCUUCGCCACGACAAUGAACUGUCAUGUCUCCCUCGUCAUUCAUCCCAGGAAGGAGAAGGACACGGAUGAGCUGACGACGGCAUCGAUAUUCGGCAGCGCCAAGGCUUCCCAGGAGGCCGACAAUGUCCUCCUCCUGCAGGACAAACGACUCAGCUCUCUGCGGGGACGGAAGUAUGUGCAGGUCACCAAGAACCGAUUUGACGGAGAGCUGGGGAUCAUGCUGCUGAAGUUUGACAAGGAGUCUCUGAGUUUUGCCGUCCGAGACAAACCUAAGAAACCUGACGGGAAAAAGCAGGAGGAAGUGGAGGAAGAGAAAGUUGAGAGUGAAGAAAACGUGUAGCCAUCGACUGAUCCUCCAGGCGAGAUUAGUUCCCACUGCAUGAGUUCCAACGUUGAAGAGUUUUUGUUGAUGUUUCUGGUUGAUCAAUGAGCAUGAUGAGAAUACUCGGGUUAAUUAUUUGCUUGAUACAAAGUCUUGUCGAUGAAGAUGGAAUGUUAAAGUUUGAACUGUCGACUUGAUCUUUUGAAAUAAGAUACAAUAUUCCUCCUGUACACGUUCUUCAAAAACUUAGGAUUAUGGCAAUUUGAAUUUAUAUUUAACCCCUCUUGAUGAGGAGCAAAUCUUGAGAUAGGCUAUUUCAUGUCUGAUGGAAAAUGGAAAUUUUCAGCAGGACUGGAAAUAUUCUACUUUUCUUAAGUGAGACCUAAUUUUUUUACAUAUUUUGAUUAAUUUACUUGAUAAGUUAUUUGAUAAAUUUACUUAAACAUUCAUCUAUAGAGAGUUAAUGAUUUGAAUGUUUAUGCUAUCAAGGUCUGUUUGAAGCCAUGUCACCAUGGUUACACAGAAAACAGUCCAUAGAAGCGACUGGCUAUAAAUCAAGCAAAUAUUCACCCUGGUAUGACUGACGUAUGUUAUGGAGGAACAGAUCUUGCAGGCGAGAUCUUUUUUGUUUCAGAUUUUGGUGCUUAGAUUUCUUUAUACAACACAGCAUUAUAGUACAUACAUCAACAACGUCUACCUGUAUCAACGUCUACCUGUAUUUGUAGGUGAUGUUUAGUGGUUAAUUAGCAAUGUACACCAGUGGGAUGCAAGAUGUCUUACUGCAGGGAUUUUUCCAGGAUUCCAGGCAAAGUUUCCUUGACAACCAAAUUUGGAAAAUCAUUAUUUUGUUCAUAUUUUUUCAGAGGUAUUUUAACAUUGCAUUCAAUACAACAAUGUUAAACUAAGCAUCCUCUUUAAGUCAAUUAGACCAAACCAUAACAGCAUGAACUGGGAAGUGUUUAAUUCCCAUUUGGGAAUUUUUACUGACAUUUGCUGCAGACUGAGGCUGAAUAUUGUCCUCUGUUGGUGUGGAUACAUCCCUGUAAUGCCAGCAUCAAGUAACCCUGCUGUGUAUAAACACUUAUAUAUAUCUGUCAUGUGUUAACAAACCAGACUCACUGAACGCUGGUCUGGUGACUGGUGUUAUUUGCUAUCUGUGUGAUGAGAUUAAUGGGAGAUGUACUCGUUAGUUUUUGUGAAGAUGUUGGGGUUCACACAGGCUUGAAAAAUCCUUGAAUUUAGGUUCUGCCUUAAAAACGGAAACUGUUGGAGACAUUUCCUAAUAAGUCCCCAUAUUCAAGAUCUAUAUAUCGACAGUAACUAUAGAGUUAUCCCCCCUUCUCAUGAUAAUCUGCUUCAAUUAAGACUAUUUUCCUGACUUCAUAAUACAGUGAAGGAAAGGUGUAAAGGCAGACUCUAUACUUGCAUAUGCAGGCAGAUAGUGGAUCAUGUUUAGAGUUUAAUUUGUAUUGAAUGGAAGGGGGGGGAGGAGGAAUUAAGCCAUGAAUUUUUGUACAGAAAUUUUGUACAAAUCCAUACACAUUUGAAUUCGACGUACAAUUUUUUUCAUACAAUAUUUUUUAUUGAGAAACAAAACAGUGGAUGCAAUUAAUUACCACUGCAAUUCCUAGGGGAAGGAACAAGUAUGGCUGUUUGAAUCAUUAAGUGUAAUCAUGUGUAGAUUGCUUGUUACAUAUCUAAGUAACUGACAUUUCUAUUUUGCUGAAACACUCGAGCGUCUGGCUGAUUUUCUCCAGUGUGGCAUAGAAAGCAUCUGUAACAUGCGAAAGGCUUCUGAACCUAUCAAAUGAGGAUUUAAUUUUCUCAGAAACCAAGUGAAGUGUGAAGCAUCCAUCUUCCUUAGGCAGGGGAGUUAACUGACUAGAAAGUUCCAGUUUCCACCCUGGCGUACUAAGCUUCUUUCUUUCCGGAUGGAAACUGGACUUUUAUAGUCAGUUAACUCCCUUGCCUCAGGAAGAUGGACACAUCUUGGUGCCUGAAGCCCCCAUGUUCAUGGCCAGAGGCCUGUUCCACAAAGCGAUCGUAGCGCUACGACCGUCAUUAGCCUGUGUUAAAGUAUGGGAGUUAAGAUCGACCCAAACUUGCUACUGAGGGUAAUGGACCCCAAAAUACAGAGACCCAGGUAAAUACCUGGAAACACAAUUCAUAGCCUUUGAUAAGUUGCGUUGACUCAGUUGGAUGUUUGUCCGAGCAGUUCUCACCUUCAUCAGAAACAAGAGUUCUGGGUUAUGUACAAUUCACAUAUUUUUGUGCAAAACAUGAUGUAAAGAACAAACAAGGAAUGCUAACAAAAUGUAAGAUUUAUUAGUGGAGAUGACAAAGCAGUUAUGUGAUAAGUAUACAAAUAGAAAAAAUAUAUUUAGAUUUGACUAAAUCUGACCAAUAUAUAUAUGAAUGAAAGGUUGAGGGAUGAACUACCACUUUCUGUGUUCUCCCAUGUACCCUGUGAAGAACGCUUUUUUGUGGUCGUCACUGAUGUCCUCGCGGUCCGUCUCGGGUCACUCGAGGCUGAAACACAGAACAUGCUCUUAAGAAAACUAUAUAUAGCACAUAGACAUUAUUAAUAUUGGGACAGCAAGACAAGUUAUUGGCUUCCAACAAAUGGGUUGCCUUUUAAAAUAUUCACUGAUGAAUUAAAUUUGAAAUAUGUUAUUUUAUUGUUGAGGUAUAAAUACAGGUAGAUUAGUGUUUGAGAAAUCACUUUAGUGACUAUCAUUAAUAUACAACAAAUAGAUUGUUGUUCAUGUACGCUGUGUGGCUAGACACGUUUGGUGGAUUGAGCCUGAUGGUGGUAGUGUCAGUUCAAUGUUAUAACAUACUCAUCGGUUACAUUUAUCAACUUGUUAAUACUAGUCUCUGUUUGUAUGAAGGUUUGUGGGGUGAGCUUUCUGGCUGAUAUUUGUUUCAUGAUGUAGCCCAGGGGUUGAAAAAUUAUUUAAAAUGUUACUUGACCAAGGGCAAGUAUGACCAACAUUCUCUCUUGCCCUAUUUUAAAAUGUACUAGCCCAAAAUCAAGCUAAUAAAUUCAGUAAAAUGUUACUGCUGCAGAACUGAGAAUAAAAUUCUGAAAUUUGAACAUCCAUCAAUAAACGUUCUCUUACGAUUGCAAGCGUGUAUGUUUGGGUACUUGAAACAAAUGGUGCACUUCAUGACUUUCGCUGUGUCAUCAUACGCAACCCAAGGAAACUGGUCUUUCCACCCAGCGAUGAAUGUUCGUUUUCGUUUACAUUCGUCAUACUUCUUAUUCUUUGCCGAUAUACAACUUUCGGAAUUUCCCUCUGCCUUCCUUUUAAGUUCGUUCCCACCGCCAAGAAACUUAAAAUAGACCGCUGAGACAUGAUCGGCCAUGUGCGGUACUGGCAAUAUAAAUUGUUAUUGCAGAUACCCCUCUGGGUGCUAAUGAGGCAAAGGGAGACUACUCUGUCCUUUACUAGCUUACUUAUUUGAAACAACAGAUUUACUUACAGUGAUCCCUCGCUAUUGCACUCUUCAAUAUAGCGCUAACUCGGUUAUUGUGUGCGGUAACACAUGGUUCCCAAAACUUAUAUACACUUUUAGUAAACUCAAGUCACUGACACGAUGUCAUUUCCCCAUCGCAAAAACAUUACCACCUGCACGCAACACAGGAAAUACCUUAAACAAAUUCCGCAAUUAAAUCCAAUUAUUACUAUCUGGUUAUAAAAAAAUCACGUUUGUACCUUGACAUAUGUUUGAAGCAUAUUUUGUUAAUUUUAUUUAAAAUUUCAUUCAAUACAGUUUAGAUCAAUUUUGCCGAAAUCGUGCGUAAAGGGGUCGAUAGAUCGCACAACUCGCCGUUAUUUACAGCAACCACGGUCAGGUUAUCGCUAUUGACGCCUCGAAUGAACUUUAGUUGACAAUGAAAAGAAACACAUAUUAAAUAAAUGCCAUACUUUCACUCGUUAAAGUCAAAGCUAGGCCUAACGAAGCAUCUAAAGUCGGAAAAUGUUUCAAUCUCGCGUUACAAUUUCCAAGAAACAUGUGCCAUAUAUGGAAGUGUUACUACGAUUUAACAAUGAAACAAGCCUGGUUCUCGUUGUUGACCUGCCUGACAUCGAAAUGUAUUAAUCCCAUUGGUUGACUGGCGUAGCUGUAUGC